AUGGCCGCUCUUGGUAUCCGGUUACUGGGCCUGGCAACUGCCAGACGGGCAAUGCGCAGGUGGUUCCGUCGCGGCUGGCCACUUGGCGACAGCUCUGACGAAGAGGACGACGGACAAGCUGUUCCUCCGGCCCCUCCCAACACUCCUGCUGACACUUCGCUCGUCUCCGAAACUGACGACGACGAGGACAACAAAGAACCGCAGCCAGAGGAACCAGAGGAACCAGAGGAACCAGAGGACGAAGACUCGGAGCCCUACAUUGACGACAGUGAGUACGACCAGGACUUUUACAACGACUCGUCCACCAUGAGCCUCAACAUGUUUGUGCCCACCGUCAGCGGCAUGCAGCAGGCCGUUGCAGCCCCAGCCAACGCCCAGGAGAUCGAGGAGCCACAGCAGCUCCCUGACGCCAAGGCCAAGGAGACCGAGCAGCCACAGCAGCUCUCUGAUGCCAAAGUCGACGCCUUGACUGAGCAGAUAAGCAAGCUCAACGUGGCGCGCAUUGACGAGCCCGUCGUCGCUGUGACCAAGCCGCUCUCGACUCCAGGAGACGACGAUGCCACCAUCGCCGCCUUGACCGACCCAGCGGUGCUCGCUGAACGCGCUGUGCACCUCAAGUUCAUCGGCGAGGCCUUGGACAUGGCCAAACUUGCCCUCGUCACCAACGAGACUCCCGUCGGCUGCGUCAUUGUCCACGACGGCAAGGUCAUUGCUCGUGGCAUGAACGCGACAAACGUCACUCGCAAUGGAACUCGUCACGCAGAGUUCAUGGCCAUCGCUGCCCUGAUGUCGGUUGCCAAGCCAGGUCAACCCAAGACCACCUCUCUCAAGCCCAACGUUCCACCCAAGAAGGUCGUCAAGGGAGACGGACAGUCUGACAUCUCUUCCGUGGAGUGGCGAUCUCCCGACGAAGGCAACGAAGAUGGCCGCAAGGGCCACCUGUAUCCCUACGGUCAAAAGGACUACCCUGAGGAGCGCGUGGAUGGCUGCAUUCUCCACGAGAGCACCCUCUAUGUCACUGUCGAGCCUUGCGUCAUGUGUGCCUCACUCCUUCGCCAGGUUGGCAUCAAGAAGGUCUACUUUGGCGCCGUCAACGACAAGUUUGGAGGCACCGGUGGAGUCUUCAGCAUCCACGCCAAUUCCGUCCCCGUUUCCAAGGACGGCCAGACGGUCAGCGCUCAUCCUCAGCCCAAGCCUAUCCAGUAUCCUGAUGGAGGCGGCAGCCUUGGCACUUCGUUCCCUCCUGGAGGUGGCGAUGGCGGCAACAUUGAACCUGGAUUUGAGAUUGAGGGUGGCUGGGGCCGUGACGAGGCCGUGGCGCUUCUUCGUCGCUUCUACGUCCAGGAGAACGGCAGAGCUUUGCUAACAGAUUCCCGUCGUUUAGCCCCUGUUCCGCGCAAGAAGGAAGGCCGAGCUGCGCGCCUGGCUGCCAUGAUGGAGGCAGAUGGAACUGCGCCACCUUCCACCGAUGCCGCUGGCAAAGAGGUCAAAGCGGCCAACGAUGUCAAAGACCUCAAUCAAGAUGUCAAAGAUGUCAAGGAUGUGAAGGAUGUUCAACCUGCCGAGGGUGGUAAGGAUGAUGCCGCCAAGGAGAAUGUUGAGCCUCGCAACACCCAACUUCUCAACAAAGGCGAGGAGCCCCUUGCCAAAGAGACCACUGUUUAG